AUGGUAAUAGAAAGUUCACAAAACGAAAAAGGACCCAAAUGGAAAAACGAGGUGACUGUAAAUCAUAGUUUCGAUUAUGUAGAUCUAGAUGAAUUCUAUGAUAGAUCUUGUUCUACACGAUUGGGAUAUUUGAUGGUGUAUGUUUUGGUAAUCAAAUCAUUCUUAGUUUAUGUUGCUGAUUUUUGGUCUGCUGUAUCUUUGCUGGUACUUGGACAACAAAACUCAACCUUGGAUUCAGCCAUUCCGACUGAAGUAUCAAAAUGGAUUUUCUUGGGUGCUAUUAUUAUAUCGUUUCUGUUACUCAUAUGGGAUGUUUACAAAUCAAAAAAGGUCAUUGCUACUCGUGAUAUCGCUUAUGCAUUUACUUCAACCCUUGCUCGAAGAUACCUUUCCUUACGUGACUAUCGAUGUUAUUCUCUCUUCUCUCGUAUCAACGAAACAACAAAACGAAUCGAUAGUUACGCCUUUUUUGUCUUUUUUACUUUGAAGGGCUGGAAACGACUUUUACUAGCUGAAGCUCCUCGUCAAAUCAUCAACAUUGUCACUUUGAAAGCACUUGUGCCUCAAUGGAUUCAAAUCAAUAAAGGAACUCUCUCUUUGGACAACACUGCUCUUGGUCAUAGCGUGAUUCAACAACUUUUGACUAUAUCAAUGGCCUUCUCUACUUUGGUAUUCGCUAUUUCCUUUACUUUGGUCUGUAUUGCUGCUACCAUGUAUCUUCCACUCUUAUGUCAUAUUCGAGGAAAUCUGAAGGAAUAUGUCUGCCAUAAGGUAGAUAAAAGAAUCGCUGCAUUACUUCAACAACAAGUCAGACGUCGUCAACUCGGUCUAGGAACUCGACGACGUGCUCACAAACCAACUGUUGGAAGAUCAAAAACUUUAAACGGACAAAAACCUACUUUACCAAAAAUCGACUUGGAAGAAGAAUCAAUACAAGGUACUCCAUUUUUACCUUAUCAUCAUCAUCAUCAACAACAACAACAACAACAAUAUCAUUAUCCAUCACCCUAUAUGUCACACUCUCCUUAUAUUGGUUAUUAUGAAGAUAGUGAUCGGAUAGGUUUGACUUCCAAUUACAAGGUAUAACACGGAUUAUAAAAUGUGAUGGUGUACAAAAAAAAAAAAAAUGGAAACAAGCCCAAACAACAAUAAAAGACAACAAUAUGACUUCCCAUGACCCCAGUAUGAUGUUAUUAUAAUCGAUGCACAAUUCAACAACAAUGGAAUCAAUACCCACUCGCCACUGUUUAACUUUGGUGAUAAUGACGACCAAAUCAACAACCGUAUCUGCCAACAUCGAACCUACCAAGCAUUGGACUUCACCUUUUUGUGCGAUCAAUCAGUUCUCGUUGUGACUAUAAGGACUUUAGUUUAGCUUGAUGCGUUAUAUGGAUAUAUAGAUUAAUCAAUAAACAACUUUGUUAUAUAUUAUAUAUGGUAUGUGGUGAGAAG